UAGAAACUUAACUUCCCCCUUUAAAGUGGGUAUAAGUUACAUAAAAGCCAUGCAUCAACCUCUCUGCAGCAUGCCUGUUUGUUGUUUACACUUGUAAGUCAGGAGACACUGCCCAGCCAGACUACAAGUGUAUUUGACGAUCUUUGAGGGACGUUUCCCUCAUUUACUCCACAGACUCUGACGGAAAAUCCUUGCGCCUGACUGUUGUUACCGGGCCAGUAAAUAGUGAUUCACUCUGCAUGUAACAGGCAGCAGUCAAAGACUCAUAUUUUCCGAAGCCUUCAGGCACCAGAGGAGCGCCGCAGCUCUCACACUGCGUCUUCGCUGGGGUUUCUUUUCGAGACAGUUUGGAGAUGCUCCAGCGGGCAGUGAGCAGGGCCGUGCUCUGCCUGUCCUGCUCCCUGCUGCUGGGGCUCUGCUUCCCAGCAGAGGGUGCAGGGGAGGCCGGACCUCUUCCUACUGACCCCCCAGAACAACAGUCUGGGGAACCAGAUCUUGAGGACUGGGAGUGGGGCUCUGGAUCCUCUUUUCUGCACCUGCUCAACAGCUUCCCUGCCGACAGCCCGUUCGUAACUGAGACCCCGGGGAAACCAGUCAACUGCACCCAGCGCUUCUGGUUACCACCGACCUCUGACAUCUGCUGGGAAAACAUAGCUGGACCCGAGGAGUUUGCCAAGUCCCGUCUGCUUGUUCUCCAGAACAGGGCGGCCCUGCAGGCUCUGUCCACCACCAGUGGGAUGGAGGAGGGAGGGGUCUCCUACGAAAACCAGGCCAAAGAGGAGGUCCAGGGGAUCCACUCAGACCACCAGAGUAUGGUAGAGACUCUGGAGACCAUGGAGAAGGUGUUUGUCACUCUGCAGGAGGCGAGGAAAGAGGGAAAGGAGCAGGGGGCCUUCACAAGCAUUAAGGAGUAUCUCGUCAUAACGAGGGACGCCAUAGAUGGAAGGGAGCACAUGGCAAACAUCCUGGAGAAUAAUUUCUCUUCUUUAGAGAAUACUCUGCUGAACAUGCAGCUUCGGCUCAACAAACUUAUCCGACAAUGACACGGACCAGGUGGCUUAUUUGAGCUGUAUUUAUAUAUCCAUGUAUUGUACAACAACGUAGCAAAUGCAUGCAUGCUCAGGAUUGUUUGUCUGUACUUGAUAUGCACCUUAUGUCAUCAAAGAACCUAAAAGUAACAUGUUUAAACUGGAAGUAGCAGACAAAUAAACCUCACAUUAUCAGGGAGAUUUGAUGAACGUGGAGCUGUUAAAUCACGUUUUAUAUUUCCAGUUUGCAGACGUGUUCCACAUGGGGGUUUAAUGGUCGCGCUAACAGCCUCUGGUAAAACCGCAAGACACUUGUGAAGCCUGGAACAGAAUAACUGACUUGUUUAACACAUCAUUCAACAUUAAUAAACUGCAUUUUCAUACUUCUGUCUUUCCAAGAUUGUGGUGUAAAAAAACAUGCAGUGCAACAUGGAUAUCAGACAGUGUGAAUCUUUAUUUUAAUAUCAAAUCUAAACAAUUAAUUUGCAAAUUCAUGAGGAUGAUGCAUUGUAAGGUGGCAAGCUGUUAUAUACACUUUAAAUAUUCACAUCUAUUAAGCUCAGUCUAAUUUUUAUUUUAUUUGGAAAGACCCGGCAAGUUUAGCUGCUUGUAGUUAAGCUGGAAAAAAAAGAGGUAUUUGUACUUUUGAUGAAACAACUUUUCAAGUAUUUAUGACAAACUCAUAACUAAAACAUGACAUCUUUAAAAAAAUCAGGUAUAACUUAGGAUCAGUAACAUCAGCAUAAUUCACUUUGAAGUCAAUGUUCGACAGCAACUAUAAAAUAAAAAGUGUUCACCAAAUCAUAUUCUAAAGGAAAUAAUAACUCAGGAGCUGAGACAUCUGUGCUGCAGCUGUGUGGAAUGGAUUCCAAUUAUGUCUUGGUCGGUUACAUGGAGUGAGCCCAUACAGGCCUGCAAGUCAUUAAAGAGACAAUUUAACCAAAAAUAAAAAAAA